AUGAGCCAGGCCGAGCUGUCCACCUGCUCGGCGCCGCAGACGCAGCGCAUCUUCCAGGAGGCCGUGCGCAAGGGCAACACGCAGGAGCUGCAGUCGCUGCUGCAGAACAUGACCAACUGCGAGUUCAACGUGAACUCGUUCGGGCCUGAGGGCCAGACGGCGCUGCACCAGUCGGUCAUCGACGGCAACCUGGAGCUCGUGAAGCUGCUGGUCAAGUUCGGCGCCGACAUCCGCCUGGCCAACCGCGACGGCUGGAGCGCGCUGCAUAUCGCCGCGUUCGGCGGCCACCAGGACAUCGUGCUCUAUCUCAUCACCAAGGCCAAGUACGCGGGCAGCGGCCGGUGAUGCCCGCCCGGACCCGGACGCGGGCCUCGAGCGUGUCCUCUGCUGUACCUUCCCGCCAACUACCUCGGUGCGCACCGGGCUCCCGGGCCCAGAGGCCACAACGAGUCUGGCGCGCGCGCGUCCGCGCCCACGGGGGCCGCGCGGCGCCCG